AAUUCACUUUCCUAAUUAAAUGCAGGCAUGGCAAUUUCCUAAAAUACAUGAUGCAAAAUUAUAUGAGAUGCUCAUUGUUUGGUCUAAAAAUCUGAGCAAGAAUCUGUAUAUGCAAUUCAAAAAUCAGCAAGUUACAGAUCCUGGAGUACUGCAGCAUUGGUUAUGCAAGUUAUGUGGAGCUAUAUUCAAUCCACAAAAAAACCCCCUUUUCCUAGCGUGCCCAAAUGAUCCUCAUAGGUUUUAUCCUAAUCAUGCAAUUGAGCUCGAACCCUUCCACUUCGAUUGCUUGGAAUUUGUUGGGAAGUUGGUUGCAUUAGCUUUGAUGUACGAAAUACAAGUGGGUGUUGCCUUUGCCCAUUUGUUUAUUUUGCAACUGGCUGGAAAAGAGGAAAUUUCACUGGAAGAUGUAAUAGAGGUAGAUCCUUACUUAUAUCGUUGGUGCAAGAAGGUCAUAGAUGCUGAGCUCAUUGACUCUGAAGUUCUAGAAUUCGCUGAAGCUGAAUUGGGGCGCCAAUGGAGCACAGAACUAAGCCACGUGAAUAGCAAAAGUAGCAGGGAGUCUUAUGUUGAUCGUCUAAUUCAACAUCGCUUUGUCAAAUCUAUUUCUAAUCAGCUAUUAUUUUUCAGAAAAGGAUUUGAUAAUGUUUUUGGUACAUCAAUCGACCAGUUGUUCUCUUUUAACGGACGGGGUCUUAAAGAAUUUAAUGAGUCACUAUGCGGAUGCACAAUUAGUGGAACUUCACAACUCAACAAGAGAAAAUUUUUGAACAAUGACUGCAAUAAAAGUGAUACCCUGAUGCAUCGGUUCCAAAAGGUAAGAAGAAAGGGUCGCAAUAUUACAAAUUGGCGGAGGGGUGUGCGACUGGGGAGCGGGUCAUUUGGAUCAGUCUAUGAAGGAUUUGCGGCUGAUGGAUUCUUCUUUGCUGUGAAGGAACUUCUAUUGCCAGAUGGAGGGAUUAUUGACCAACUUGAGAAAGAGGUUGAUUUAUUAUGUCAGCUCACCCAUCCAAAUGUAGUUAAAUACUUUGGCACAAGUAAGGAUGAAUCGAAGCUCUAUGUUUUCCUCGAGCUUGUAAGUAAGGGCUCCCUUGAAAAGGUUUAUAAAGAAUUUCCGCUGCAGGAUUCCCAUGUGUCUUUGUACACGAAACAGAUAUUGAAAGGCUUGAAUUAUCUCCAUGAGCGAAAUGUUGUUCACAGGGACAUCAAAUGUGCCAAUGUAUUGGUGGAUGAAAAUGGAUGUGUGAAAAUCGCAGAUUUUGGAUUAGCAAAAGUAACCAACUCAAAUGCAAUCAUUAAGUCCUGUAAAGGGACUGCAUGCUGGAUGGCUCCUGAGGUUUUUAAUAGCAAGAUAGCAGGAGGGUAUGGGUUUCAAGCUGAUAUAUGGAGCGUUGGGUGCACUGUAUUGGAGAUGUUAACCGGAAAACCUCCAUACUCUGAUUUGGGUUUGGAAAAAGGUGGAUUAAUUUAUCGGAUUGGAAAAGGCCACCUACCUUCUCUUCCUGAUUCUCUGUCAGAUGAUUCGCGAGACUUUAUCCAGCAAUGCCUACAAGUUAAUCCAAAGGAUCGUCCCACUGCUGCUGAGCUUUUAGAAAAUCCAUUUGUAAAUAAAUAGGUGAAUGCUUGCAGGCUGCAGCGACUCUCGUUCUUGACAAAUUUGUAUUAAUUUCAGCUUAAAUUGUGGCAGCUGAAACGUGAUCAGCUGUGCGGAAUUUUUUUUUUCCAAGUUCUUUUAUUAAUAUAGAAAUCCUGGAUUUCUGGGUCAGUUCCUUUUUUCUGUUUCAUUUGUUUAAUUGAGACUCAACUAUGGAGAC